UCGGUAAACAGCAGAAACCGGUAAAUGUGGGCGGGCCAGCAGUCAAACAUGAAGGUUCUAGGCAAAGACGAGCUGCAGGUCGCUGAACAAGUUCUGCUCCAACACUUACCGAAGAGCUACAAGGUCUACGGUUUCAUCCAUGGUAUCAACAGGAACAAACCAACUACACAGCAGGUGGUCGCUGAUUCGUGGCCUGAUUUUAAAGUCAUUAUUUGUCGACCUGACCCCAUGAAAUGUACCAUAACUAACCAAAUGACCAUGGAGCUGACGGAGGAUCAGCUGAAAGUGGCUGAAAUCGAACUGGAAAAAUACUUACCUCGAUCCCAGCAGAUGUACGGGUUUGUGGUCCUCAGAAACAGAGUCAAAUCAGACCCAGCGCAGAUUUUUGUGGACAAGUGGCCACACUUCAGUGUCGUUUUCUGCAAACCAUUUUGUAAACAGGAAAAUGAUCCUUUCAGAAUCAUAUUUGUCUUUGCAACCAAUGAAGCUGUUCUGGAGGAAACCAUAAGGAAGUCUUCUCUUAUUGACUGGACCACGUAUUUUGGUCUUGGAAUCAACAAUUCCCACAUGGAGAUAUUCAAAAAAAUGGUAUCGGAGAAAAAUGUGCCCUGCAGGAAAAUAUCAGUGUGUCAUCGGAUGAGACUGGAAGACAUAUCCAAGCUUCCCCCUAUAGACAGCUCAGGGAUCUCGCUAAGCUCCCUGGAUGAAUCACACAUUGGUUUGGUAUCCCAGACAUGGAAGUUUGUCGAGCACGAAGGAGCUGAUGGGAUGAUCCACAGGAUGAUUUCAAACUUUCCCUCCUGCUGCGUGCUGGAUGCUGACGGACGGCCCGUGUCGUGGAUCCUGACCUAUAACUCGUGCGCCAUGGGAAUGUUGUACACUCUGCUGGAGCACCGAGGGAAAGGCUAUGCCAAAGUCCUGAUUAGCAGCAUGGCCAAGAGACACCAUGCUCUGGGCCUCCCAGUGUACUGCUUCAUAGAGGAGGAGAACACGACCUCUUACAGGCUCUUUACAAACCUGGGCUUUACUGAAGAUCCCUCAUACAGGAAAGCCUGGUUUGAAUUCAAUUGAUUUUAAAUAUUCGAUGAAAGUAACAUUUUGUGCCAAAGAUCCCAGAAUAAUACGUUAUGGUUCGAGUCUGAGCUCAUUUAACCUGCCUUUGUAACAUAAAAAAUAGAAGAGCUGAAACGGAAAUGCAAGUCAGAAAUUUGGUUGAAAUGUUCUUGAUUGGUUGUUAUUGUAGGAGCAAGUUAUAUUUUUGGUGAAGGUCCUUGCAGAUCAUUCCAUGCACAUCUCAUCUCUUUUCUGGCAGUGUGCUGGAAGCAUGACUGGCUCUGAAAUGAACACAAAAUCUUAAUGUGAAUUAUGGGCAUUUAAAAAUACACUGUUCAAUUCUUAUUGUUUAUUACUGUGGCUAGUCUGAUUCUAUAUGUAAAAUAAAUAAAAUCUUUUGGUAUCAUAUUUGGAGUUUUAACCCUUUGAUGCACAACAUGGGUCAAAAGUGACCUGUAUUCAAUGGAAAAGUGGUAUCUCUUGACCCAUGUUGUGCAUCAAAGGGUUAAGGGACAUUACUAAGUAUUUAUACAAUUAACAAUUUGAUCUAUAAAAAUCUAAAUAUAAGAAGAACUUGAUAUGCUGAGACUGCUACUUCAUUAAUCCAUCCUCAGUUUGAUUUUAAGUUCCUGUUGUAUCACUAAAUCAAUAGUCAACAUUUCAGUCUGGCUAGUUUGUAACAGCAAAUACUACAACACUAUGAAAAUCUGUUCAUUCACUUAUUUCUAAAUAAAAUAUAACCUGAUAUAACUUUGGAAAGAGUAAAUAAACCUGUUGUCACUUC